CCCAGGCGCCCGGACGCGGCGGCAGCGGCCCGAGCCCGGCCCUAUGGCGCGGGCGGACGCGGGCCGCGGGCUCCUGGCGCUGACCUUCUGCCUGCUGUCCGCGCGCGGGGAGCUGCCAUUGCCCCAGGAGACAACUGUCAAGCUGAGCUGUGAUGAGGGACCCCUGCAGGUGGUCCUGGGUCCCGAGCAGGCUGUGGUGCUGGACUGCACUUUGGGGGCUACAGCUGCUGGGCCUCCGACCAGGGUGACAUGGAGCAAGGAUGGAGACACUGUGCUAGAGCAUGGCAACCUGCACCUGCUACCCAAUGGCUCCCUGUGGCUGUCCUCACCCCUAGAGCAAGAAGACAGUGAUGAUGAACAAGCUCUUAGGAUCUGGAAGGUCAUCGAGGGCAGCUAUUCCUGUCUGGCCCAUGGCCCGCUGGGAGUGGUGGCCAGCCAGGUUGCUGUGGUCAAGCUUGCCACACUUGCAGACUUCUCUCUGCACCCCAAGUCCCAGACCGUGGAGGAGAACGGGACAGCACGCUUUGAAUGUCACACCGAGGGCCUGCCAGCCCCCAUCAUUACUUGGGAAAAGGACCAGGUGACUGUGCCUGAGGAACCCCGGCUCAUCACUCUUCCCAAUGGCGUCCUCCAGAUCCUGGACGUCCGGGACAGUGACGCAGGCUCCUACCGCUGUGUGGCCACCAAUCUAGCCCGCCAACGAUUCAGCCAGGAGGCCUCUCUCAGUGUGGCCCUCAGAGGGUCCUUGGAGGCUACCAGGGGCCAGGAUGUGGUCAUCGUGGCAGCCCCAGAGAACACCACAGUGGUGUCUGGACAGAGUGUAGUGAUGGAGUGUGUGGCCUCUGCUGACCCCACCCCUUUUGUGUCCUGGGUACGACAGGAUGGGAAGCCUAUCUCCACGGAUGUCAUCGUUCUGGGCCGGACCAAUCUACUCAUCGCCAGCGCGCAGCCUCGGCACUCUGGAGUCUAUGUCUGCCGAGCCAACAAGCCCCGCACGCGCGACUUCGCCACUGCGGCCGCUGAGCUCCGAGUGCUUGCUGCCCCAGCUAUCUCGCAGGCGCCCGAGGCGCUGUCGCGGACGCGGGCCAGCACUGCGCGCUUCGUGUGCCGCGCGUCCGGGGAGCCACGGCCCGCGCUGCACUGGCUGCACGACGGGGCCCCGUUGCGACCCAACGGGCGCGUCAAGGUGCAGGGCGGUGGCGGCAGCUUGGUCAUCACUCAGAUCGGCCUGCAGGAUGCUGGCUACUACCAGUGCGUAGCUGAGAACAGCGCGGGAACCGCCUGUGCCGCUGCGCCCCUGGCGGUGGUGGUGCGCGAGGGGCUGCCCAGCGCCCCGACUCGGGUCACAGCCACGCCGCUGAGCAGCUCCGCUGUGCUGGUGGCCUGGGAGCGGCCUGAGUUGCACAGCGAGCAAAUCAUUGGCUUCUCUCUUCACUACCAAAAGGCAAGGGGAGUGGACAAUGUGGAGUACCAGUUUGCAGUAAACAAUGACACCACAGAGCUGCAGGUUCGGGACCUGGAACCCAACACGGAUUAUGAGUUCUACGUGGUGGCCUACUCCCAGCUAGGGGCCAGCCGAACCUCCAGCCCAGCCCUGGUGCAUACACUGGACGAUGUGCCCAGCGCAGCACCCCAGCUUGCCCUGUCCAGCCCCAACCCCUCGGACAUCAGGGUGGCAUGGCUGCCCCUGCCCUCCAGCCUGAGCAAUGGACAGGUGCUGAAGUACAAGAUAGAGUACGGUUUGGGGAAGGAAGAAGAUCAGGUUUUCUCCACUGAGGUGCCCGGAAAUGAGACACAACUUACGUUAAACUCACUUCAGCCAAACAAGGUGUACCGGGUCCGGAUUUCAGCUGGCACGGGGGCUGGCUAUGGAGUCCCUUCUCAGUGGAUGCAGCACAGGACACCUGCAGUGCACAACCAGAGCCAUGUCCCCUUUGCCCCUGCAGAAUUGAAGGUGAGGGCAAAGAUGGAGUCCCUGGUGGUGUCAUGGCAGCCACCCCCUCACCCCACCCAGAUCUCUGGAUACAAACUCUACUGGCGAGAGGUGGGAGCAGAGGAGGAGGCAGAUGGUGACCGUCCCCCAGGGGGCCGUGGAGAUCAGUCUUGGGACGUCGGGCCCGUGAGGCUGAAGAAGAAAGUGAAGCAGUAUGAACUGACCCAGUUAGUCCCUGGCAGGCUGUACGAGGUGAAGCUCGUAGCUUUCAACAAACACGAGGACGGCUACGCUGCUGUGUGGAAGGGCAAGACAGAGAAGGCGCCCACACCAGACCUGCCUAUCCAGAGGGGGCCACCACUGCCUCCUGCCCAUGUCCACGCAGAAUCAAACAGCUCCACCUCCAUUUGGCUUCGGUGGAAGAAGCCAGACUUCACCACCGUCAAGAUUGUCAACUACACUGUGCGUUUCGGCCCCUGGGGGCUCAGGAAUGCCUCCCUGGUCACCUACUAUACCAGCUCUGGAGAGGACAUCCUCAUUGGCGGGCUGAAACCAUUUACCAAGUACGAGUUUGCGGUACAGUCCCACGGAGUGGAUAUGGAUGGGCCUUUUGGCUCUGUCGUAGAACGCUCCACCCUGCCUGACCGGCCUUCAACACCUCCUUCUGACCUGCGCCUGAGCCCCCUGACACCAUCCACCGUUCGGUUACACUGGUGCCCUCCCACGGAGCCCAAUGGUGAGAUCGUGGAGUAUCUAAUUCUCUAUAGCAACAACCAUACCCAGCCCGAGCACCAGUGGACACUGCUCACCACAGAGGGAAACAUCUUCAGUGCAGAGGUGCAUGGCCUAGAGAGUGACACUCGGUAUUUCUUCAAGAUGGGAGCCCGCACAGAGGUGGGGCCUGGGCCCUUUUCCCGCUUGCAGGAUGUGAUUACUCUACAGGAGACGUUCUCAGACUCCUUGGAUGUGCACUCCGUCACAGGCAUCAUCGUGGGCGUCUGCCUAGGCCUUCUCUGCCUCCUGGCCUGCAUGUGUGCUGGCCUACGACGAAGCUCCCACAGGGAAGCCCUCCCUGGACUGUCCUCCACAGGCACCCCUGGAAACCCAGCACUCUACUCAAGAGCUCGGCUCGGGCCCCCCAGUGUCCCUGCUGCCCAUGAGUUGGAGUCUCUCGUGCAUCCCCGUCCCCAGGACUGGUCCCCACCACCCUCAGAUGUGGAAGACAAAGCUGAAGUGCACAGCCUUAUGGGUGGCAGCGUUUCAGACUGCCGUGGCCACUCCAAGAGGAAGAUCUCCUGGGCUCAGGCAGCGGGGACGAACUGGGCAGGCUCCUGGGCAGGCUGUGAGCUGCCCCAGGGUAGUGGUCCAAGGCCGGCUCUGACCCGUGCUCUGCUGCCUCCAGCCGGAACUGGGCAAACACUGCUGCUGCAGGCUCUGGUGUAUGAUGCCAUAAAGAGCAACGGGAGAAAGAAGCCAUCCCCGGCCUGCAGGAAUCAGGUGGAGGCUGAGGUCAUUGUUCACUCCGACUUCAGUGCAUCCAAAGGAUGUCCGGACCUCCACCUCCAAGACCCGGAGCCUGAGGAACCCCUGCCUGCAGAGGCUCUGCCUUUCACCUCGGGAGUUGUGGAUCUGUCUCAAGGAGCAGACUGGCUGGGCAGGGAGCUGGAAGGAUGCCAACCAGCAACCACUGGGCCAGAGAGGCUCACCUGCUUGCCAGAAGCAGCCAGUGCCUCCUGCUCCUGCUCAGACCUCCAGUCCACCACUGGUGUAGAGGAGGCCCCUGGGAAAAGCUGCCAGCCCAAAGCUCUGUGACCUCUAGCAGUCAGCCCAAGCCUUCCCAGGGCCCCUAUCUCCUCUGCUCAGAUCCCCUGAGCAGAAGGCAGAUGUGGCUCAGGGACAUGACAUACAUGGCCAUACAUGUGUGUACUAGAGAUAUCAACAAGCCCUUGGAGCCUCUUGAGAUCUUUGGCUGAGGUGGGGGAGAACUUUACUCUCCCCCCUCAUAUUCUUCAUCACAUAUGUGAUACUGAAGGGACUUGAGAUAAAGCUCUGUGUGAUGGACAUGUGUGAGGUCACAUGUGUAUGCUGGUUGAGUUGGGAAACCUCUCCCUGUGGAGCAGUCACUGUGGCCUAAUUGACCCUCCAUGGCAGGCUGGUGUAAUAGUGAUCAGUGCCAGCUCUUUGAGCUUUAGCCUUGUCACCUAGCCUUUUAUUACACUCUGAGAGUGUCUCCAGUGCUGUGGCUACAAAGACAGCACCAGUCCCUCUUCUGUCAGCUGUGCUGAGCGGAGUGCCAGUCAACUCCACAGGCCAACAACACCACAGCCUGCAACAGCACGGCCGUCAUCCCCUCGGCCUCCUAAGGUCCAGAUGGCUGGGUGAGCCCAGCUCAGCUCCUCUCUCCUUUGAGCAGCUCUGUACCUAACUUUGUAAUCUGGGAAGUGCCUGGUUUGGGAAAUCUUCUUUCGCCCCCCUGUCCCUCUGUGCCCCUUCAUUGUUCUGGUGAUCUGUCUCAUGUCAUCUUGCUCACUUAUCCUGGGGCCCUUCUCUUUCCCAUGAUGCCCCUUAUUUCCUCACUGCCGUUUCCAUUUUUGUCUCCCACACUUGUCUUUAUGUCAUGUGUUUCUCAUCGCUGAGUUCAACCUAUGCACCCUUUCCUAACAACAUGACUACCUCAUGUCUGCUUCAGACCGUAGUGUGACCCCUGGGUCCCCACAGCUCCCUGCCAACCACCUUCCCGGGCAGAUGACCCACUCCAGGUAGAUCUGUAGUAGACCUUGUAGCUUCCCUGGCUGCCCUCCCCCAUGGUAUUGUGACAAGAAGGUUUUCUAUGGAAGGGAUGAGUCUAGGCUGUGCAAGGGAAGGGGUAGGGAGUGAAACCAA